ACCUUCAGCACCUGGAUGAUAUCUCCUGGGUAGACAGUCUUCCUGACUAUUGCCGCAUUCACAAUGAAUCGGUCAACUCAGCAAUUGGUUGCAGUCCUUACAGAGCCAUGUUUGGAUUCCAUCCACACCAUAUCACCAGGCUGUUGAAAGCAGGAGGGAAAAGUAUGGAUGGAUACACAUGUGAAGGCAAUGCAGAAUAUGAAACUGUUGAAGAACAUUCUCAGGUUAGUGAAGGGACCCUUAGCAGAUUGAAAGAACUGCAAGACAUCAGGAGAGAAGUCCUGAUAAAAUCAGACAAAUCUUCAUCGAAAAUGGUGGAUAAACAUUUGAAGACCAAUCCCCCUUCUCAGUAUGAAGUGGGGGAGAUUGUCCUUGUUCGUCAUCUGGGCAAGGACAAAGGAGUAACCAGGGGUGGGCAGAAGAUCACCUCUCCAAAAGCUGUUGAGGAUAUCUACAUGAAUGUCAGGGCACUACAAAAACAAAUGAUGACCCCAACAGCACUAUCUUAUGACCAUCUUCUCCAGAAAUUAGAAGACUUGGCAAGGGAAAGGGGCCGUGUAGUGAAACACAACUCAGGUGGAGGAAACUGCAUGUUUCUGUCCCUGAGUGACCAGAUCUAUCAUGUGCUGAACUUGGAAAUGAAUGCUCUGGAGGUUAGGGACAACAUUGUGGAGCAUCAGGACACACCCAAUACAAUUGAUGGAACACCACUGGAUCAGUUUGUCUGCACACAGCAGUCAUGGGAAGAUUACCUUUCAACCAUGGAGGCCCCUGGCACCUGGGGUGAUCACCUGGUUCUCCUGGUGCUGCAGAGUUCCUCCAAGCUGACAUUGAGGUAA